UGUAACAGGAAGUAGCAUUAGUAGCCGCUGCUAACCUGCUUCUUUGGUUUUGUAGCAGGUGUGUCACACUAAGAAGCAGGAACAGUUCAUGUCUGUCUGUGUGGAUUCAUAGAUUACAGUGUAAAGAGUGUUUAAGUUUCACUCACAGACUUUUAAUCUCCUUUUAAUCCACAGAACAGACCUUUAAAGAGAGCACGGGGCUAAAGCUAGCAGCUAGCUUACAAAGCUACACUGAGGGACAGAAACUGUUUUACACGAAGAAGAAGAAGAAGAAGGAAGAAGAAGAAUAUCUGUGUUUAUAAAAUGUUAUAAACUCAAUGUUGGGAUAUUUCAUCAACCAGAGACAGACUGAAGAGAUACUGAAGGUGUUUAAAGAAAGAUGGAGCAACAAGAGAGGAAACACAAACUCCAGGAGGCUGUUUCUAACCCUGAGGAGAGGUCACACACAGCAGACGUCCAGCAGCUGUUGAUAAUCAAAGAAGAGGUUCUUCCUGAGCAGCAGGAGUGGAGCUCCAGUCUGGACCAGGAGGACCGUCCAGAACCAGCACACAUAAAAGAGGAAGAGGAGGAACUGUGGAGCAGUCAGGAGGGAGAGCAGCACCAAGGACUGGAGAAGGAGGAUAUCAUCAAGUUCACUUUCUUUCCUGUGAAGUGCGAAGCUGAUGACGAUGAAGGGGAACCUCGGUCCUCACAGCUUCAUGAAGAGAACAGAGACACAGAAGCUGAUGGAGAGGACUGUGGAGGAUCAGAACCAGACAGGAACUUUAAUCCAGACGGUCAUUGUGAACCAGUUACUGAUGAAGAGGCUUCAGGCGCUGAAUCAGAGACUGAUGACAGCUGUGAUUGGGAGGAGACCAGCGAACCUCAGUCAGGUUUAAACACUCCGAACAAGGAAGCACCUGAAUGUGCUGCAAGCUCCGGUCUAAGGGAACGUCUGCACAAACACAAAAGAAUCCAGAACAAGGAGAAACCGUUCGUUUGUUCAGUUUGUGGGGAAAGAUUUGGCAAUAAGAGAAAUCUAACGGCUCACAUGCUGCGUCAUGAAAAAGGAAAAGGUUUCAGCUGCUCGGUGUGUGAGAAAAGUUUUCCAAAGAGGGGAGAGCUUGAGAGACACAUGAGGACCCACACCGGAGAGAAACCCUUCAGCUGCUCUGUUUGCGGUAAAAGCUUCACACAGAAGUCCAGUUUGUACUCGCACCAACAGGUUCACACGGGAGAGAAACCCUUCAGCUGCUCCGUGUGUGGUCGAAGCUUCAUAACCAAGUCCAAUUUUUACAGACACCAACAAGUUCACACCGGAGAGAAACCCUUCAGCUGCUCCGACUGCGGUCGAACUUUUACACAAAAGACCGGUUUGUACCGACACCAGCAAGUCCACACGGGAGAGCAGCCCUUCAUAUGCUCCGUGUGUGGUAGAAGUUACACACAGAAGUCGAGUUUGUACCAACACCAACAAGUUCACACGGGAGAGAAACCGUUCAGCUGCUCCGUUUGUAACACGAGCUUCUUUCGGAAAAGUUAUUUGAUCGAACACAUGAGACUCCACACGGGGGAGAAACCCUUCAGCUGCUCCUUUUGUGGUAAAAGCUUCACACAGAAGUCCGGUUUGUAUCAACACCAACAGAUUCACACAAGAGAGGAACACUUCUCUGAGCCUGACUGUGCGGAUGAGACGCCAAACUUAGGAGAAACCAUGUAAAUGAAAUGUUAGUGAAAAAAUACAAAGUGUGUUAAUGCAACCAAGAGAGUCACAGGUCAGUCUACAAAAUAAUCACCACUCAAUCAACGCAUCAGCUGAUAAGAAGCCACGUCAUGUCUGUUUGAUUCAUUCUGUUCUAUUAUCGGUUGCAUGUAAACAUUUUCAACUGACCUUAAAUAAAAAUGUUUCAUGUCACCCACA